UGUUUUGCGACCGCUGUGUAAACAAGGACAAGUUACUUCAAACAUUUUGGAUCAAAUAAAAGAUAACUAAAACCAUAUUUUUCAAAUCAUUCCUACUGACGAUGGUUCAAUAAACAGUUAUUAUUAUAGAAAAAAAAUGUUUAAAUUUUGCACCUACACACUAUUGACAGUUUUGACUGCGAAUCUUUUAGCAACAGCUGGUGAUACAACAUUAACCUGGACAUCUCCCAUACUUCCUAAACUAUAUUCCACCAAUCCAGAGAUUAAUCCGUUUGAACAACCAAUCACACCACUCGAAGAAUCAUGGAUUGGUUCUUUAAUUAACAUAGGUGCCAUGAUAGGACCACUACCCUUUGGAUUUUUGUCCACAAAACUAGGCCGAAAAAUAUGUCUUUUAUGUAUGGCGGUUCCCUACAUAAUAUCUUUUCUAAUACUGGCUUUCCUACAAAAUGUUUAUUGGUACUACUUUGCCCGUUUGCUCGCCGGAGUGUCGGUAGGAGGCGCUUGCUCCAUUCAGUCUGUCUACAUUGCUGAAGUUGCUGAAGAUUCCAAUCGAGGUAUGCUUUCAGUAACCAUAAAUAUUUUCUGGACUUUAGGAAAUUUGAUUCCAUACGUCCUAGGACCCUACCUUGGUAUAGUACCAUUCAAUUUGAUUUUAACAUGCAUCCCUGCAGUCUUUUUCGUUCUAUUUAUACUCAUCGCACCCGAAUCUCCUUACUAUCUCGUCGGUAAAAACCAAAUUAGCAAAGCCGAAGAGUCACUCAUGAAACUACGAUCGAGAAGUAGGAGUGGCGUCGAAAAAGAACUCAUCAAUAUUCAAGACUCAUUAAAACUUGUCGAGAAAAAGGGAAACAUUUUUGAUUUAUUUAAAACUAAAGCAAACAUGAAAGCUCUGAUCAUCUCGGUUACGUUAAUGGCGUUCCAACAGUUUUCUGGUUUUAACGCAGUGUUGUUUUAUACACAGUUAAUUUUCGAAGCUUCCGGCUCGAAUCUUUCACCAGAAGUUUCCUCAAUCAUCAUCGGAUUGGUUUUACUUGUGUCGAGCUUGAUUAUACCUUUCAUCGCGGAUAGUUUAGGCAGAAAAGUCUUUUUGAUAAUUUCUUUGGUGGGUACGAUGGUGUCGCUAGUAGUACUUGGUACUUACUUUUUCUACAAAGAGUCACUUCCUGAGAGUGUGCAGUGGGUACCGAUUGUGAGUCUAGUUUUAUUCAUUGUGUCUAUGAAUUUGGGUAUGAUUCCGUUACCUUGGACCAUCAGUUCUGAACUGUUUUCAGUCGAUGUGAAACCUAUUGGAACGUCGUUGGUUUCAAUCACUUGUUGGGUGACUAGUUUUCUAAUUACCAGGUUUUUUAAUGAUCUGAACUCUGCUUUGGGACAAGCUGGCACGUUUUGGCUCUUUGGUGGCUUCUGCUUUUUGGCGAUGUUGUUCACACUGUUUUAUGUACCCGAAACUAAAGGAAAAAGUUUUAUAGAAAUUCAAAAAAUUCUUCAAAAAUGA